CGGUCUGUUUCGCUCUUCCUCUCUUACCUCUUACCGCAACUCUGAGUCACAGCCAUUAAUGGAAUUCAGCUUAGUGAUGGGAACAGCAAUCUCACCAUAGUCAAUGUGACUCGAUACAAUGGUGGGCUGUUUAGCUGUAAUGCUUUCAACGUGUCAGUAAUGGAACCACUGAGCCUCUACAUCUCAGUAUCAGCUACAGUCAACAUGCUGAACACCACUUCCUCUUUCCUGAUCGGGUCUACUCUGACCAUGUCCUGCUCUGCCCAGUCCAACCCUCAGGCUGAGUUUCAAUGGACUUUCAAUGGGAAGCAUCUGAAAUGGACGAGUCUAGAUCUGAAGCUAUAUAGUGCUGUGGAGAGCCAGAGUGGCCUAUGCUCCUGCCUGGCCUUCAACAACAGGACCAUGAGCUACAGCAACAUCACUAGACAGAUCACCAUCAGCAGUGGGUCAGUGUCAGAACAGCUGGGGGUCAGUGUCUGGCUCCUUCUCCUCUCCUCAUUGGCUGGGGUCCUCUUCUGAACGCCAAUGGGAUAGCAAGUCUCACUGACUGAAAAAUAACACACAGACCAAAAAUUGCUUUCAGUUAAGUGAACCCAUAUGUCACGUUCUGACCUUUUAUUUCCUUUGUUUUGUCGUUAUUUAGUAUGGUCAGGGCAUGAGUUGGGG